AUGGAGCAGCAGAAAGGAGGACAGGUCAAGUCGACUUCCCGCGCUGUUCGCGCUCUUCGUUUGCAAAAAGGGAACUUGAACUUUAUUGGGCCUGGACAUCUUGGGCCGGACAAGGUUUGUUCUUCUGAUAUUCUGGGCCAGUGUCAGUGGGCUGCUGAGGAUGGGUGGGCUGGACAAGUGGUUUUUAAAAAUGGCGGUGGCGCGUUCCGCCCUGAGAUGGCGGGGAGUUUGCAGUUUGCUUGCACCCACCAGCCAGUGAAAAUUGGGCGCGUAGCUGAACGCGCGAUAGCUGGCUUCAGGUUGGUUAUAGAGUUGGGCGCCAAUCCGGGGGAAUGA